AACCACUCUAUUCGAUCCAUCCCUUGAAGUUUUUAAUAGCGCAGCUAUCUAGCGGAAAAAAAAAAAGAGAGGAUGGAGGCUGAAAAUCCAAACGUUGGUGAGGAAAAUGUGGCGCAAGUAGAAGAACCCACACAACUACCUCGCCCUGUGAGCUUCAUUGUGGACAUUGUCCCAUUCCAACGUGAUGAUCAUUUUGUUGGGCUGACGCCAUUACUUCCAAGUCGACUUGAUAACAUUGCUGCUACCUACCAACCUGUGAUGGAUGCCAUUAUAGGGAGCCCUAUGAAUAAGGCAGGGAGAGUGUCCAUGAUCUAUGUUCAUUUCCCUCGUGACGAGGGAUUAUGGUUCCAAGUGGAUGCGGCACGCUCUUCUUUCAUUGAAGGGGUCACACCGGCCGCCUUUGAGCGCUUCCUUGAACGGCUCUUCCGUGACGGUUGUGUUUCUGGAGAGGAUAAUGGUCUUCGCAGCUUUGAUGAACACAUUUCUGGGAUGCUGGACAAUAACAACUAUGUUUAUGUGGUUGGACAAUUUGCUAUUGGCGAUGUGGGUGGGUAUAUUGAAGAGAAAGUGAAAGUUUCACAAUACCAGGUGAACACUCAGAUUGCACUUUACCAGAUAUGCAUCGCACUUGCCAACAAGUGGAACAUCCAUUAAUAAUUAACCCUCCUACUACUUUCUAUUAAUUCUAUAUAUAGUAUGCAGGGGGCAAUCUGACCCAACUUCUACUAUGUUAAUUAUCAUGCAUGGCUGUGAACUUUAUGUUUUCUAUUUUUUUUAAUUUGGAUCUUGAACUUAUCGGGGUAUGACUGAUCGAGUACCUUGCUUCUAGUACGUGUAGCAGCCGUAAUGCAAUAAUGACUGCUUAAUAUU